ACGAAUUCUUGCCGGAACGCUAUCGGUAUCGUCUCUUACCGAAACUGGUGGCAGUACAGACAGUGGCGGUGACAUCAUUAACAGCCGCCCUUAUCGGAGUUCUGAGAGCUCGCACUCGAUGCAUUGUUGCCCCAUGUGUCGAUUUGGCAGAAUGCCUGGUCCGGCGGCACAUGAAAUAGAUGUACAAAUGGCAACAGCUUAUUUUUGGCAGCUCCAAAAACUCAGAUCCCUAUCGGAUUGAAUACAUGCACAUCAAAUACUGCAAAGGGAUGAUAGUGACACUGGUUCGUUUGUCCAGGAGAGUAGCGAAUGAGAGGGAAAGGCUAAACUUCUGGUUUCCACCUCUGUGUUAUAGGUUAUGGGACCUGUUCUUAGACAAUAAAAAAAUGAGUGUUGUGCUGAAAGGUUUACAAAUGAAGAAUCGUGAGCAAAUGAAUAACAAAAUAAUGCAUCUCAGUGGUAACUCCACAUCAUCGGGAGAAGUUUUGAAACUCUACCGCUGCAAUUCCACAGUGCUCAAUUUUCCCAGCUAAGAGGAACCAGGUUUUAUGGAAAUUUUAGAACUUUACAUGUUUCAAAAUUCCUACCCACUAUUAUGCAAAAUAUUUGUCCCUGUAUAUGGGCUUGAUUCUCUGUUUUCCUUAUAAGUUGCUUCAUUCACUAUAUUUUAUGAUAAUUUUUUUUUAGAAUUAAAAAUCCUGCAUUUAU